AUGGCCAUGGAGCUUUUCUCCUUCAUGCCAAAAUCUUCCACUAUAAAUCCCAACAUGGCGAACAGCACGGCGGUGAUGGCGAACAGCACCGUCACAGCAUUCCCAUUAGGCUAUUCUCCUUUGAAGACUAAUGAUGCAUGGCCACAACGUUCUCAUUGUGCUAAUGAUGCUUUCACCUUGUUUUUUCGUAUGAUGUGGAUGCUCUUUGACACUCAAUUCAACGAUGUCCAUGGUCAAUGUGGCUGCUUAAAUGAGAAAACUUGCGGCUUACGUUAUUCGACUUCAGAGAAAGCAGCGUUUUGCGCCAUUCCUAAUCCACCACAAAUGUACUCCUUUACUGCAAUAGCGAGCCGCGACCCAACAAUACCCGAGCCGUACUUCCCCUGCAGCUUUCCUCUUCACCGGGAAUAA